AUGGAGCCUGGUCCAAGGCAGAAUGAGUAUUUCAUCCCCCGUGAUGGCAUCGCACGGGAAGUUAUUCAGGCAGACAUCUGCCGAUGGGGCUAUUACGAGGCGCCGGAUGGUCGUGUCAUCCAGGGUUACUUUAUUACGGCAUAUCGCAACCUGACAUCAGCGAUGAUCGCAGAUCUCAAAGAAGAGUCCCGUAAGCAUUGGGAGAAGCAAAAGGCGGCCGCUGCCCGAGCUAGUGGGAGCGGCUCCUCUGCCAGAAUGCAUACAAACGAACCACCCCGAGCAUCUGUAAGGAGCAACUCUCCCGGAGGCUCUCGAGAACAGCCCCGGGUGAAUCCAGAGUACAACUCGUGGAUAGGCGAUCAAUACGACCAGGUCUACCCCUCGUCCUCUAUGGAUGUCGAGUACACGACGACUUCGCCAGUCCCUACGGGAACUCCUAGCCAUGGCAGCCAAUCGUACACGAGCGGCCCUCCUCCGACUUAUCCUCAGCCUGCGUACCAGCCGCCACCUGUUCAGUCUUCUCCUGCCGCAUAUCAGCCGCAGCCUGGUUACGCCUAUCCACCUAACACUCCGUCAACGCAAUAUCCGCCCAAUCCUCCUCCGACGCAAUUUCCUCCCAACCCUCCUUCUACACAAUAUACACCCAAUCCUCCACCGACACAAUACCCACCUAAUGCCCCCCCAACGCAGUACCCGCCUAACCCCCCGCCAGCGCAGUAUUCACCACCACCGCAGGCUCCAGGGGAUAGGUAUACCGCCAUGGCUCCUCCCCCAAUGCCAAACCCUUAUCCUCAAGAAAGCGCUCCAUAUGUCCAUGGGUCAAAUUAUCAAACAGCGCCUGCUUAUGCGGCCCCAGCACCAGUCCGGAUACCACCCACCAUGCCUGUCUCGACUGCGCCGCCAUCCAGAACGUAUAGUGUGCCGGUGUCAGGUACUCCCGUCUAUGGAACCGAGCCGGACCCUUACAAUUAUCCUGCAAGCGCCCCGGCCUUCCCCGCAGACCCUCUUUACGGUCGUGACCGCGAUUCGGAGCCGAGGGACAGAGACUGGGAACGUGAUCGCGAGCGCGAUCGUGAGCGUGAUAGAGAACGAGACUGGGACCGUGAUCGGGAUCGAGACUGGGAUCGAGACUGGGAGCGGGACCGAGAGCGUGAUCGCGACCGUGAUCGCGAGCGCGACUACCACAGGACUCGGUGGGAAGCCGAACGCGAAGACCGACAUGUCGAUCGGAACCGUCGUCACCGUUAA